ACACUUUUGAAUCGAGCGAAGGGGGGAGGGGGGCAAGCGCCAUGGAGGUUACUCUGUUCCAAUCGCAUUAAAGGAGGACACAGGAAUCUAAGAGUAUUGAUAAGAGGCACUGAAUGGUUCUGUCUCCUGUAAGUUACCUCUCCCUAUUUCAUCUGGUUUCAAAGUCCAGUGAAGAGAGUUCAGACAACAGGAUGAAGAACACAUAGCUUGAAGCGCUUUAUUCCUCCCCUGAGGAGCACAAUGGCAGCAGGUCAGAAAUGAGACCCAGUUUGGGAAUAUUUUAAUGAAGUUCCUCUACCUACGAGUAAAGCAGGUAUGCGUGCAAAACACAAGCAAUGCGACAGUGAGUUGCAAGGCCUGGUGGUCUGAAUGAAACAACAUCAUGUGAUGAAAGGACCAUGUUGGAAGAGGCCGGACCUUCAGGUUCGUAUACUUCUUAUUUCACCAUAUUUUUUAGACUGCCAUGAGGUAUUGGUAUGAUAAAGCAAUAAUAUAUAUCUUGUAUUGUUAGUGCACGGCACUGCAUUUUUAUACAGUUGCCAAAAAAAGAAAUAAUGAGUUGAAAUAUGCAAAUAUUCCUUUUUAGGAUGUACUAUGUGGGAAUACAAUGAGAAAUUCACAAUAAGCAUACACGGUUUAAAUAAUAAAAUAACAGCAUUGAUUUUUUUGUUUUUGUUUAGGUGUGUGGAGAAAAUAAAUCUAAAAGAAGAAAUAGUGAAAGUAGUGGAACCAGAAGAAAGCUCAGAAGAUAUGGCAGUUGUUCCUCCCAGUCAGGAGCAGCUCCCUUUUUGGGGGAUACCGAACGGAGGCCCUUGCGGAAAAGUAAAAGCCAAAACGAAAACUCAACCCCAGACAGACUCUAAUGAAAUUACAGAAAAUGAUCUCUUACAUAUCCAACAGAAUCAACUGCAUAUCAUUCAAUCUGGGUUCGAUAGCAUCAAUCAUAAUCUUCGGCUGCUACACCAAGGAAUGCAAGAUCUCAACAACAGCCUCAGUGUCAUGGCACAUACAUUAGUUGCUAUAAAAAAUGUCUAUGUGAAAAACAAUGCCGGUCCAACUACCUUUGCUACUGUCACUACCCAGACCACCGCAGGGUACCUGAGUCCUGGGUCCCCUUUAAUCGAGGACAGAGUUAGGGUACCAGUGGCUGGGAGGAGUAGCAGAAGCAGCAGCUGCAAUUCCAGCUCAAUGUCGCAAGAACCAGGCCCUUCAGAAUUUCCUUGGCCUCCACACAGACCUAUUAAGAAGGAACAUUCAAAUGGCUGUUAUUAUUUCUGUUUUGCAGAUGUGUGAGACUUGAACACAUGUAAAGCAACUGUGACAUUUGAGUAGCUAUUCUGUACCCUGUCCUGGCACUGCAUCAUGGCUAGCAGAUUUCUAUAGCUAUUCGUUUCUCAUAAAUGCUAAAUGUAUGAAAUAUCCAGUAUUCCCAUGUGCAGAAAGCCUGUAUCAUAAGUGGAACAACACUAGCUACAAAUUGAUUCAACACAAAAGGUCCUGAUAACUAUCCACUUUCUAAAUCGCCAUCCUACGGUUUCAGAGUUAUCGCUCCAGCAUAGUGCGUCAGUCACAUCAUUGACACAUAUCCGCAAUAUAUCACCUAAAAAAAAAACCAUCUGGAACAAUCACCAUGGAUAAGAUUGUGAUAAAAACCAGCAGAUUAGAAAAAGAGUUAAUUGAUGGAAAAAUUGCUUGGCUUGUUUAUGCGCCUGCUUUCCAUCUGCUUGAAAACCCAUACUUUGAUACUAUGAUUCAGUCACAGAGACCAGGAUACAGUCCACCAAGUAGAUUAGAUGAUGUAGGGAAACUGCUGGAUAAAGUAUAUGAUGAAGAAAUUACGCAAUGUGCAACAAGUCGAGAAGGUAAAAUUGUUAAGCUAAGUCUUGAUGGGUGGAGUAAUGUCCACAAUGAUCCUAUUUGUAUGUGUUGGAUAACAACAGAAGAACGGAAUGCAUUCCUUGCAGAAAUUGAUUGUUACUUCAGGAAAUGCACACACAGCAGCAUACUUAGAAGACGUAGCAGCAAAAGUUAUCAUAACAUGCAAAAAAAAAAAUCACAUGUCAAGUACGCAGUUUGGUCACAGACUAAUGUGUCCAAAAUGAGAGUACAUUUAGAACAACAUGAAGAAACUACCAAGCUAAUAACAUAUGGUUGUUGUGCUCGUUUGAUGCGUCUCCUAGCUUCUGUGUCCCAGAAAUGGAGUAAUGUUGAAAUUGCUAAAUACUUCCGUAACAAUCAUUUUGCAGCAUAAUGGGUGGAACCAAGCUAACGCUCCCACAAGAUGUCAGAUGGAACACUGUAGUGGACUGUUUUGAAAAAUAUAUAAAAAAACCUGGCCUAAUCUGAUGACCGUUUGUUAGCAAAAUCGAGAAAAAAUAGAUGGCACUUCCACAGCCAAAAUCCUCAACAUUGGUCUUAAGCGAAUGCUGGCUGGGGAAUUCUGGGAGUUGAAGUCCGGACAUCUUCAAGUUGCCAAGGUUGAGAAACGCUGUCUUAAGAGAAAUGUUGAACAUAUGCUGAGCAUCCUGAAACCCAUUUCUGAAGCUUUAUGUGAACUCACCUGACCUCCUCUCGAGUUGCCAAGGGCGAUGGGAAAACAAACUUUGUAACUGGAUCAAGGAGCUGGUAUCUCAGUCAAAACAAGGUACUUUCCAACUGAUAGGUCGCCACAGGAACCCACAGGGGCUGGAAAGGAGUGAUCUCUACAACCCGAGAAAUUGCUUCGUUGGAGAAUGUGACUGAUAACACACCUUGGCGGGAGGGGGAAAAUAGGGUCACAGCCGGGACGUAAAUUAAGUGAGGUCAGAGUUGGCUUCAUUUGGUCCAUGCUGACAUGAAGCUCCUAAUAAGUCACUGGAUUUCUUUUGAAGCCUGGUGUGAGGCUCAUGAUUUAAUUAGGCCAUGGUAGGAACCCAGGCACUUUAAACAAAAUCCAGAAAAAAUAGUUGUUUUAUUGCUGAUGCUGUUGAAAUUUGGAAGGAACUGAGUGUGCACUUAAAAACAGAACUGCACACUGACAAGCAGAAAUUACAAGAUUUUAAAAAGCGAAUGGGACAAGCACUGUCUCCAGCUCAUUUUCUCGCAAACGUCAAUAUCCAGUACCAGGGUCAAACCUUAAGUGCUGAAGAAGAGCAGCAAUCAUCUAUAUCUAGUGCCAACUAUAAUGAACUUCAGAACUAAGGGGGAACCAUUCAAGAGAUAUGUUUGCUGAUGAGGUUUUAAAGAAAGUUUCACCAGUGAAUCAGUGGAAGUCACUUAAGUACUUGGAUUCAGAAAGUGUUGAAGUAAUGAUUUCGCUUUUAACCUCAGUGGCAUUAAAAGAAUAUUCUUUGCCUUUGGACUUAUUCACUCAACAUUGAGAGAUCGUCUUGAGGCCUGAUAAAGCAGGAAAGCUUCUUUUUCUUUUCCAGAUCAUGAACAAACAAGAACAAAGAUAAAAAUGAGUGAGUUGCAGAAGACCAUGGUUGAAGUUUGUCUGAUGUGGGCCCAGUGGAUAUAGUCAGUUUUAAGUUCUUUUGUUUGUUUUUUUCAAAGAUGUUUUGUUUGCACUUCAGUUACAAAACACUGAUGUUUAAGCAAAUACAAGAAUAUAAUAUGUUAUUGUUUUAAUUAAAUAAAAGAAUUUGAGUACUUCUCCAACUCUGAUUAACCUGUUAACCUAAAAUUGGUUCUGAUAUUACUAUUUUGCUAACCUGACAGCUUAUUAUUCUAAAUAGGAAACUUUCACUUUGUUUGCAAAUAAUAAUAUUAAAGAUUCUAACUACCAGCAAGAAUGAGUCCUUCAUUUGAAGAGCACCUGUCAUUUCAGAUCCACCAUGGCAGUGCCUGUUAGUGGGCAUCCAUUCACCUGCUGCCUGUCACGUCCCUCACCUUGUUGUGUCACUGCCGCAUCACCAGCUGCCCCAUUAAAGCGAAUGGGACAGUCAGUGAGUCAACAGCGGGUCAGAGGUGAAGCCGCUGCUGGACAGAGAUGAUCGUUGCUCUUUAAAAAUUAUGAUUUAAAUUGAGUUGAUGAGCCGAGGUGGCGCAGUGGUUAAAUGCA